CAGAUAGCAGGCCGGAUACCAGAUGUAUCCGUUGGACCAGUAGGAGACAACUCCCGGCUUGAAUGAGUACCAGUGUACUGGUCGACACAUGCAGUAGUGGUGGUCUGGUGCGACUACAGUGUACUCUGUACCAGUGUACUGGUCGACACAUGUAGUAGUGGUGGUUUGGUGCGACUACAGUGUACUCUGUACCAGUGUACUGGUCGACACAUGCAGUAGUGGUGGUCUGGUGCGACUACAAUGUACUCUGUACCAGUGUACUGGUCGACACAUGCAGUAGUGGUGGUCUGGUGCGACUACAGUGUACUCUGUACCAGUGUACUGGUCGACACAUGUAGUAGUGGUGGUCUGGUGCGACUACAAUGUACUCUGUACCAGUGUACUGGUCGACACAUGCAGUAGUGGUGGUCUGGUGCGACUACAGUGUACUCUGUACCAGUGUACUGGUCGACACAUGCAGUAGUGGUGGUCUGGUGCGACUACAAUGUACUCUGUACCAGUGUACUGGUCGACACAUGCAGUAGUGGUGGCCUGCUGCUACUACAGUGUACUAUAGAAAAACUAAGACGUUCAUAAACCUCUUCAAGCAACCUUAAUAUUCUUCGUUAUAACGUAUGACGGUGUAAAGUGGAUUUUAUCAAAGUCAGAUAAAUUAUCAGUGAUGUUGAAGGCGUGGCGGGUGUGUGGCGCUCUGUGCAUCACGGCGACACAGUUCAGAGAAGUGCACGUUUAUUGCCUCUAUUAUCCACAAAGUCCAGAAGAAUAAAUCCUUGAGGAUAAAGCAUAUGUAACAUGGAAUAUUACCGAAACGAUAAGAGUGCCAUACCGGAAGCCAAGCGAUGUUAAGCGAGUGCAGGUUAUAGUUGCCUGACCUCUCUCUCGGUGACACUAUGGCACAUAACUUGACGGACGGUGUUAACACAACAGGAACCACGAACAUCCAUAUCCUGUUGUACUUGUACCCGUUCUUCAGCGCCGUGACGUUCGCUGAGUGCGUCUUGGCCGGAUACAUCACCGCCCUCAGCCACGACUUGAGGGAGAGACUCUCUUCCUGGUUCCUAAGUUCUCUCAUAGUCAGUAUCGGAAUAUUCUCGUCCCUCUCCUUCGUGUACGCUAUAGUGUUGAUCGCCCAUCCCGAUGUCCACCACAGCUCCCCGGCCGGCUGCCAGGUGAAGCUGGUGCAGCGGUACCUCAGCACCGUGUCCUGCUUCACUCUCACCUGCUUGGCUCUGGAUCGGUACGUCGCAAUAUGCUGGCCACUUCGCUACUAUAAUAUACUGACGAUACGGCGUUGUCGCCUGCUGUGCGUCGCCUGCUGGAUGCUUCCCCUGGUCCUGCUUGUGCUGCCUUGCGCCAGCGUACUCUCGACGCUGUGUAAUCCCGGAAAUGACAAGGAGUUCCUGAUAGCAUACAGCGUCGCGUAUGUCUUCGGGGCCUUGACCACCUUCGUCUUUUAUAUCCUAGUGGCUCUGGAGUUCCGUCUGAAGAGUCGCGUCCAGCCACACGACAGUAACGCAGACAUGACGGAGGCGAUGGUCAGACACAAGACUGCGAAGUCUGCUCUACAGGUCUUCAUGUUUUACAUCCUCCUCUCCCUUCCUCACGCGUUGCUGCCGCUGAUGUUCCGGUUCCUGAGAAAAGAGAAUACAGGGCCCUGGCUGGUGGUGGUGGGCCACUUGGGCCACCUGGUCCACCGCCUCCACCUCCUGCUCUUCCUCCCCAUGUACGCCCUUGCCAACGUUUCGUUCUUCACCUCCCUCAAAGCCAUAGGUCAGCACCUGUGGAGGACCGUCGCCUGUGGCUCCUCUGGGCAGCGGCAGAGACAGGGGCCGCCCAAGGAGAAUAGCUUUGCCCUGGAGACCACCGUUGGAGAGUUCUAGCUACCCGAGGAGGAUGAUGAUGUUCUCAGCUCGGUUAAAAUCCUUCCGUUCUCUAGAUGCCCGAGAGCCCUAUUGUUUUCUAGCUCUGAGAGGGCUGUAAUUCUAUGGUUAAAAAAAGAAAGGUAGGAACUCUUUAGUCACUUAAGAAGGCUAUCGUGCUAGCUACAAGGGCUGGUAAUCCUACUCAAUGUCAAUGUCAGAGUACGGAUACCUUCUUCAGAACCUCUUCUGUGAAAGUAUUUUUAUAUCUUAUACUAAAUUGUCUGGUUAAGUGUCAAAUACGGAGGCAGAAAUAAACAGAAGCUACAAGGUGGAAUUCCGUUCUCUGCUACGAAGUUUUAAUAUGAAAAAUAUAGUCUAGGUCAAAAUAUAUAUAUAUAUUAUAUAUAUAUAUAUAUAUAUAUAUAUAUAUAU